AUGUCCUGCAUCGACACCGAAGCCAACCACAACCUCCUCCUCUCCAUCUACAACGCUUCCUCCUUCGUUCUUAUUCUCCGCCACUUUCGCGACACUAAUCCUCGCUCCACCUACAUUUGUUAUGACUGUAAACGUGAAUUACUUCAUGCACUCGUCUACGGAGCCUCCGAUCGCGCCCUCUGCCACAUUCUAGGAGGCGUCUUCCCCUUGCACACGUUGCUCAGAGACGCCGGACUAACCGCCUCCAGCAACUACGGCCUCGACAAGUCCGAGUCCCGAUCUUUUAAACCGGAAGCCCGGGCUUACAUGAUGGCACUGGGAUCUCCCGAGAAGUGGCAUCGAGUGUUGACCAGGGGAUGGGGCUCGUUCUUGGCCCAAUACCUGAUGUCCAGAAUGGACCCGAGAUACGUGCACUCAGAGGAUGAGCUCUUGCAAAAGCACGGAGCGGAGCUGGCAAGCCUGACCACAAAGCUCCUCUUCCUCUGCAAGGGAACGUACACCGCCGUGGACCUGUAUCGCGGCCGUCCGUUUGGCGUCUUUGUCCAAGAGACGACCGACCUGCUCGCGACGCUGCAGUGUCCCAAGGGGUCCUGCGGCGCCUUGAAAUGGCAGGAACUGGUGGGUAGAAAGAACCGGUGCGAUUUCCCCGCGGGAAUGGUCAAGUCGAUGGAUGGCGAAGACGCGGUCGCUUGGGCCAAUUCCGCCAUGUUUACCGUCCGGUCGCUUCUGGAUCCCGCGUUCUGGGAGCGUAUCGACUUGUACCCCGGUCUCGUGCCGCAUCUCGAGAAGGACUUUGAUCCGAGAGUGGUGAUGCCGUCGGCAGCAAAGAAGUACGCGUGGAGGCCUCAGCGUCUUGUUCACUUGCUUAUUAAGGACGCGGCCGAGGCCUUUGACGCUGCCAGAGAGAAGAGUUACUUUGAUGCUUUGAUGAUGGAGGGCAAGGAGAGAUGGCAGUUGGCAAAGGAUUUGAAGGAGGACGAGGAGAAGGAGGACUAUUAUGCCUAA